CUUCAAUUUUGUCCGUUAGUGGAUUUUAAUUUUUAAACUCAAAUUUGAUAAGAAGUGAGAAGUGUCAACAAAGCAGGGGAUAGUUAUUAAUGUGUGUUUAAAUUGAACGAAAUGUUUUUCCAAAUAUCACCUGUUCGAAUCGAGAAAAAAAAGAAGAUUGAUACACCCGAAAAAGUACUUGAAGAAGUUGAAGUUCUGUCAUUAGCCCCAUUCAGUUCUAUUCCCAAAUUGUCCUUUGAAAAUAUCAAAGUUGGUAGUGUUGCUACACGUCAGUUAAUCAUCAAAAAUCCCACUAAUCAAGAAGUCAAUCUGUUUCUCAGUAGGAUAUUACCAGACGAUUUGAACGUUUCGUAUAGUUGGAAGAAUAAAGUAAUUGAAAGUGGAGGCGAAACAAUAUUUGAAUUGACUUGGUGCCCUUUAGAUGAAGGUUCUAGCAGGCACAUCAUCUCUUUCACAGACACAAAGAAAUUGAAAAGAGAUAUUCCUGUUACUUUCAAAUCACGGAGGGCACUACAUGACAAACCAAAAUCAACAAGACCUCGACAAAAAUCACCUCCCAAGAAAUCAACAAUAAAGUAUUAUCCAGCGAGGCCAACAAGAAUCUCUCCCAAAAAAUUUGGUACAUCCCCCAAAAAAAACCUCACCCUCAAAAAGUACUCCCCAUCUCCUGUGAAAAAUGAUUUCCCGAUUCAUAAAAGAAAGUCGUCCCGUUCAACUUUGCAAGCAAAACCCACAUACGGGGAUAAAGAAAAUAUUCCAUCCAGUUUUCUGGACACUUCAAGAGCCAGUGACAUCUUCAUCUCGCCGAAAAACGUCAGCUUCACUCUGGGCGAUUUGCAAACGGAAGUCAGAAGAGGAACGUACGUUUUGAAAGACAAUAAAAUCUCCCCUGUCAGCGAAUUUGAUGACAGCUUGGAGAGAAUAUCUCCUGCUACUUCGCCUACCCAACAACGAGAACCUUUAGGUAACUACAUCGGUGACAACUUGUCACCUUACAAUGGCUACAGGAAAGAUGAUUACAACACAGGCGAUUUUGCAUACAAGCUCAAUAGAAAUUCGUUUUUUCUCACACCCUCAACUACCCCGGUCAGAAAAACAGCAACCGUACCACCGCAGAUUCACAUUGAAACACUGAAUAUCAAGUCGGUUUUGGAAGAUACAUGUCGUAACAGAACGUACGAAUGGCCUUCUCUCACUCUGAAUGUGAGCAGUGAAACGUACAUCAAGGCCAAUACAAGUGGCGACACCUAUGUGAAGAGCAAUCUUAGCGGAGCCACUUACACCAGAGAUAACUCAAUAGGGGACUUGACCAGUCUGAACGUAUCUCCGUUCUCAAUUAAAGUUUCUCCAGAGAUACGAGGAAGGGUGUCCCCAAAACAUCUACGUCAACAAAGAUGUCCUUCCCCUUUGAAUUUUUCUUACAGUGACACCGAUUACAUGAAGAGGGCUCCCCAAGUGAAUCACUUUGAUAGAAUUGAAGGUCAAGAGCUGAGCCGCAUUGAAGAAGAAUCUUAUAUCCACAGUUCGCGAGAUUCUACGAAGAUUCAUCACAAUACUAUGAAACGUCGGAAGUUAGAUGCUGAUUUAACUGUAACUGCUCCCAAACAACCUUCGGCUUGUUCAGCUAAAGAUUGGUCAAGAAAAGGUGGUGCCGCUCUGAGAAUUGUCAAAAAAACUUCCGGUCUGAACUUGACCAAUCUUAAAAACCGUCCAACUGAUCACGAUGAAGAAACCAUCAUGAAAAUCUCGAAGAAAGACACUAACACAGUCAUAAUACAGAAUCCAUUUCUCUUAGCCGCGACAAACUUGGUAGAUCCAUUCAUGACCCCGAAUUUGUAUGUGAAUGACCAGUGGAUCGACAAGCAAGAAGUAGAUCUUAAAAAAUGGUUGAAUGCACUGUUGACACCUCCUCAAGAGCUGAGCGCUGAGGAAAGGGUCAUUGAUGUGGCAAAAGUUUGGCAAGAGUGCAAGAAAAGAGAAGUGGAUGUUGUUCCCAACAAGGAACAAAUUUCCAAUGACUACCACAUCAACACAAAGCUCAAUAACCUGAGAAAGUCUGCACAAAAUUUGUUUAGAUCCUCUGAAGUCGGUUUGGUGCUAUCAAAAGUAAUACAAGCUGUGGACUCUGGCAAACUCAGCGUACGUACCGACAAAGACAUACAUCUGAAUUUGAUUUUGAAGUCUGAAAUAAUUGGUUUGCUCUUGAAUUACAAUACUUUAUGGCUCAGAAUUGCCUUGGAGACGAUAUACAACGAAAUUAUCCCGCUGAGCUCUAACUCCGACAUCGUCGGACUGUCUACCUUCAUAGUUAACAGGGUGAUCAAGGAUCCUUACCUGGUCAGAAAAUUUAAAUCGGUUCAUUCCCCCAAAUAUGCUGGAGAAUUCAAAAAGUUUUUCCUGAAGAAAUUUCUCAUUUUGGUGUACUUUCUCGAUCAAGCAAAGAACCAGAAACUCAUUCCUCACGACCCGUGCCUGUUCCGUAAAAAUGGAGCUAUCAAAGAGAGCAAAGAAUUACUCUUGAUUCUAGCUAGAGAAACUCUGUUUGCUGUUGGAGAUAUAACGAAGUCGCUGAAGUUUUUAGGAUACACAGUGUCUCAUGUACAAACUUAUAUCCACGAAUUUGAUUAUACAGUAACUAAUUUAGGAGUCGAUUUGAGAGAUGGAGUUCGGCUAUCGAAGAUCAUGGAAAUAAUCCUAAUGCAAAGCAAUAUACAGAACAAUCUAAGAGUACCGGCAAUAUCGCGCCUACAAAAAAUUCACAACAUGAAAAUUGUAUUCGAUUCUUUGGAGGGAGCUGGUUAUAAGAUACUAUACGACAUUUCUCCCAAAGACAUUGUCGAUGGCCACAGAGAAAAGACCUUAUCUUUCCUCUGGCAGAUAAUAUACAAGUUUGAAGCUCCUUUGAUGGUAAAGAGUGUGACAACUAUCCAAAAGUGGUUCAGGAGUUUACCGGUGGUUCUGAAAAGGAGACGGUUAAGGAGGAUCUUGAUGAGGCGGGAAAAUGCCGCCAAGAAGAUACAAGGAUGGUAUAAGAGGCAGAGGUUGUCCAAAAAUAUAGAACGCUUUGCUGCAGGCUAUAAACAGUACCUGGAACAUAUGAGAAGGGAAAGAGCUGCUGUGAGAAUACAGUCUUAUUACAAGAUGUAUGUUUGUCAAAAAUCUUACAGAAAUAAGCUUCAAACUAUAGUUGAUGUUCAAAGAAUAUGUAGGGGAUAUUUAGUGAGAAAUAUUAACACAGUACAAAUCAGGAGUGCAGUUGUUAUACAAAGUUAUGCAAAAAUGUAUAUAGCAAGAAAACACUAUUUGAAACUCAAACAAAGUACUCUAGUUAUCCAGGCUAGGUAUAGAGCACAAAAAGAAAUGAAGUUGAAACAAUCUGCUUAUAACAAGCUGAAAUCUACAGUUAUUUUUAUCCAACAAAAAUUCAGAGCUAAUCAGUUGGCGGCUGAUCAAAGACAAAGAUAUCUACAAUUGAGAUCAGCAGUAAUAUCAGUUCAGAGAAGGAUCAGAGCUAAUAAAUCGUGUAGAACUGAAUCUCAAAAAUACAAUGAAAUUAAGUCAGCUGCAGUUACAAUACAGACUUGGUACAGGUCUAUAAAGACUAUGCGAUCACAUCGCGAACAAUAUCUUCAACUCAAACGGAAUGUUCUCAUUGUAGAACAAAGAUUUUCAGCUAUGAAGGCAAUGAGGACUGAGAGACAGAAUUAUUUGCUUGUCAGAACAGCUUGUAUAAAUAUCCAGCUGCAGUACAGAGCUUUGAGAUCAAUGCGAAUGGAGAGAAAAAGAUUUUCUGAACUGAAAUCGGCAGCAGUUUGUCUGCAGCAAAGAUAUAGAGCAAAAAAGGCUAUGGAGCGUGAAUUGCUCUGGUAUCGAAAUCUACAUGACGCUGCAUUAUUUGUUCAGAGGAGAUACAGAGCUAACAAAUGCAUGAGAAUAAAUCGGACCAAAUUCUUGAGAGUUCGAAAUGCUACUACUAAAAUCCAGUUGUGGUUCAGAGCCACUUUAGAAAUGAGAAAAUACCGAACGAACUAUUUAUCUCUUAAAUACGCAGUGCGCAUUUUAGAAGAUAGAUACGAGGCUCUAACACUAAUGAAAAAAGCUGGCGCAGAAUUCCAGAAGAUGAGGUCAUCUACUAUCCUACUCCAACAAAAGUAUAGAGCAUUAUUAACUAUGCGUUUUGAGAGGAACAAGUUUUGCCAACUGAAAUCAGCGACAAUAUCGAUCCAAAGAAGGUUCAGAUCCAACAAAAUGGCAAAUAUGCAAAGACUAGAGUACUUGAAUUUAAAACAAGCUACUGUUGACAUACAAAGACGUUUCAGAGCUAAAAGAGAUAUGCGAAUAUGUUUGCAGGAAUUCGUUCUCUUAAAGAAGACAACUAUAAUGUUACAGAGAAGAGUGAGAGCCAAUAAAAUUAUGACGGUAACACGAGAUGCCUAUAAAUCAUUAUUGAUACAAACUAUUUUCAUACAGAGGAAAUUUAGAGCUAACAGACUGGCGCGAAUACACAGAACAAACUAUUUGAAGUUGAAACAAGCUAGUGUUGUCUUGCAGAGACGGUUCAGAGCUCAGAGAGACAUGCGAAUAUGUUUAGACGAAUUUGUUCUGUUGAAGAAGGCAACUGUCAUGAUUCAAAGAAAAUUCAGAGCAAAUAAUAUGAUGAAAGCAGCCCGAAAUGUCUAUGAAUCAAUAUUGAAACAAACUAUUUUUAUUCAAAGAAAAUUCAGAGCAAACAGACUGGCGCGAAUACAGAGAACAAACUAUUUGAAGUUGAAACAAGCUAGUGUUGUCUUGCAGAGACGGUUCAGAGCACAAAGAGACAUGCGUAUAUGUUUGGACGAAUUUGUUCUGUUGAAAAAGGCAACCAUUAUGGUUCAAACAAGAUUCAGAGCAAAGCUUAUGAUGAUAGCAGCCCGAGAUGCCUAUAAAUCAUUAUUGAAACAAACUAUUUUCAUACAAAGGAAAUUUAGAGCAAACAGACUGGCGCGAAUACACAGAACAAACUAUUUGAAGUUAAAACAAGCUAGUGUUGUCUUGCAGAGACGGUUUAGAGCACAAAAAGACAUGCGAAUAUGUUUGGACCAAUUCGUUCUGUUGAAGAAGGCAACCAUUAUGGUUCAAACAAGAUUCAGAGCAAAGCUUGUGAUGAUAGCAGCUCGAGAUGCCUAUACAUCAUUAUUGAAACAUACUAUUUUCAUUCAAAGGAAAUUCAGAGCUAACCGACUGUCACAGAUACACAGAACAAACUACUUGAGAUUGAAACAAGCUACUGUCAUAAUACAAGCACGUUUUAGAGCUCAAAGAGCCAUGCGAGUAUGUGCACAAGAGUUUGUUCUGCUGAAGAAGACUACAGUAAUGCUUCAGAGGAGAGUCAGAGCAAAUAAGAUGAUGAGGGUAGCUCAAGACUCCUAUAAGUCUUUAUUGAAAGCUGCCAUUUUGAUUCAGACUAGAUGGAGAGCCAAACAGGCAUCAGAAGAAGCUAGAAAUAGUUUUUUGGCACUCAGACAAGCUACUGUCCUAGUGCAACAACAAUGGAGGGCUAAGAAAAUUGGUAUGCGAGAAAAGUUGCAAUUUGAAGCUAUGAAAAAAGCAUCUAUAAUUAUCCAACGACGAUGGAGAGCUUUGAAAUCAGGAAGACACGUCAGAAAUGACUAUCAAAAAUUGAAAAUUGCUACUUUGACUGUUCAACAGAUGUGGAGAGCCAAAAUAUCCAUGAGAAUACAUUCAAGAUAUUACAAAAUCCUCAAAAAUGCAGUUAUAAUUUUGCAGAGAAGGUACAGAGCACAAGUUUUAAUGAAGAAACAGUUGUCUGCUUAUAAGAAGGAACAAAAUGCCACCAUUUGUAUCCAGAGAUUCUACAGGGGAUAUUUAGAAAUGAAAGCAGCCAAAGCAGAAUACGAAUUGAAGAAAAAAGCAAUCAUUCGAAUCCAAAGUCACAUAAAAGGUUAUAGCGUGCGACAAAAAUAUGCACACUACUUUACUCCUGAAGCCAAGGAACAAAGAAGAAUUGAGAAACAACAUAAUGAGGCUGCUCUCAGGAUACAGGCUUAUUGGAGAGGAUACAAAUCGAGGUCAUUGGAGCCUAACGACUGCGCCAAAAUAAGGAAAAGGAUGCUGAAGGCCAAUGCGGAGGCUAUGCCAGAAAAGACCUUGGAAUGCAAGUCCAGAGUGGCUUUGCAGACGUUUGCCAAUCAAAGUUCGACGCUGUUUCACAUCAUCAAGGCCUUGGAGGAUAUAGAUUAUGUUACAAGACGAUGCGAGUCAAAGUGCAUAGAAAUGGCUCAACUUCUGCCAGACCAGUUGUAUAUUAUGCUCGGGGCUACUAGCCGAUCGCUGCCUGAGAUGAACGCUUGUAUAUAUUCCGUUAAUAUUUUGAUUAAUAUAUGUAAAUGUCCUUCUACGAAAAAGUAUAGCUUUGUCCCACAGUACAUUGAUAAUCUCCUAGCAGUAAUGUUGCACUGGUGUGACAAGGAAUCUCAAUUGUUUCCGACUUUAUGUACCUUAUUGUGGUUAUUUGCUCAUACGCCGCAAUGGAAGAGAAAUAUUCUCAAGUUGCCUAAUAUUGUCCAAAGACUGAUGAGAAUUCAAGGCAUGGUUGCUAGGAAAGAGACUAUGGUGAAACGAUCGACUAGUAAAGUUUUAUCACAUUUUGCGACUUUGAAAAAUUUGCCAAUGCCUUCGUUACUGCCCGAUUGGGGACUAGAUUAUGCAAAUAACCCCAAUGUUUUCACCAAUUCUGUACAUGCUUUUAAUUCUUUACUAAGUAUUUUAGAAAUAUGAAUUUGUAUAUUAUUUUAUUUGUAUAUUGUAACUUUUUUAAUCCUUUUAUAUUGUUUGAUUUAUUGAAUACAGAUUGAAUUGAAAUUAU